UUCAAAAUGGCAGCUGAGUCUGCAGCUCAGCUUUUCUCGCGGCUUGGUUCCAGACAGCCACUAAAUGGUCUUGAUAGUGGAAUGUUCUGUGGAAUUCCCAAUGGAAUUCAGCCUGGAGAUGUUGUAGAAUUUCAUGGAGCUGAAGGCUGUGGAAAAACAGAAAUGCUUCUUCAUCUAAUUGCCAAUUGUGUAUUACCACAAACUUGGAAUGACAUCAAUUUAGGAGGCCAUGGAGUACAAGUUAUAUUUAUUGAUACUGACUUUCAUUUUCAAGUAUUGAGACUUGUUGCAAUAUUGGAGUGUCGAAUCGAGAAUGCCAAGAAAAUGUUAACUGUUGUAUCUCAUGAUGCAGAUGCUGAUGGUGCCAAUGAUCAAAAUGAAUGUACAAAUGACAUUGAGGAAUUUAUCAAAACAUGCCUAUCUCGUCUGUAUGUGCUACGCUGCAAUAAUAGUCUAGAGUUACUGACUUCACUGCUCUCACUUGAGCAGAUGUUAAUGGCAAAGCCAGAGGUGUGUGUCUUAAUGAUUGACAGCUUGAGUGCAUAUUAUUGGAUUGACAGAAGCAAAGGAUGGGAGAGCACAAAUGAUCAAGAAGAAAAUAUGAAAAAAAUAAUCAUGAUAAUAAAGAAAUAUGCUAAGGACUUUCUUCUAGUUGUCAUAGUGACAACACAUGCCAUUUUUAGCUCAAGCCUUAAAUCUGUGGAGCCUUAUUUUUGUCGGUCAUGGUCUAGUGUGGUGAGGUAUAAGUAUUUAUUUAGUCGAAAAGAUGAACAUGCAUUUAACGCCAGCGCUGUAGGCCCACAACCUGUAUUCAUUGCUCAAAGAACACUUCCAAGAAGUAAUCAAUUCCAGAAAUUUUGUUGCACCGACAAAGGUGUUGAAUUCAGAAGUUAAUUAUAUUUGACAAAAAAUGUAAUCAUUUGAAAAUGUAUUUGAGUGUAUUUCUUGUGUUUUUCAACACAAGUGAACACUUGAAAAAAAGAGGCCAAGUUUUUAAAAGGUUGUCCAUUGUUAAUGUCUAAUGGAACACUGAAAUAAAAUUCUCAAAAUCGUAGAUAAUUAAAGGAGAUAACUUUGACAGAACUCCAUGAAAGUAUAUACUUUUCAAGCUUAUUUUUCUUUAUCCUAAUUAACUAUUUAUAAUUGAGAAAACAAUAGUAUGAUUUGAUUUCUUGUAAUGAAGUUUAGUUUGUUAAUUUUAUUCAAUGCAAAUAUGAAAUGUCUUCUUGAAAAACAAAAAAAAACACCAACAACACAAAAUGGUCAACUUCAGAUGUCUUGGUCGAGUAACCACAUCUACAAUUCUUUUGUGCAUGGUCACUGGACCAAAAUAUCUAAAGUCAGCUUUUU